GCGAGGGCGCUAUCGCCCGCGGGCGCCACGCUUUAGUUUCACCUGCGCCCGCGACAUGCCGCGACCCCUCCUGUCGCCACGCGCGCGCGUUUGUGUUCGCAGGGGCUUCAGCGUGAGCGUCUGCGGCCGCCAGCAUAUCUUCAAGCCCGUGUCGGUGCAAGCCAUGUGGUCGGCAUUGCAGACCCUUCACAAAGUGAGCUGCAAGGCCCGUGAGCAGAACUACUUCCAAGGAGGGCUGACCCACGACUGGGUGAGCUACUAUGAGCAGCGAAUUGAAUCAGACCGCAGCUGUCUCAAUGAGUGGCAUGCCAUGGACAGCCUGGAGUCACGCAGGCCCCCCUCGCCUGACUCCGUGCGCACAAAACCACGAGAACGUGAAGAAACUGAAUGUGUGAUCAGAAGUACAUUGAAAGAAAUCAUGAUGUCUGUAGACUUGGAUGAAGUUACAUCAAAGUACAUUAGAUCUCGUUUGGAAGAAGAUCUUGAUAUGGAUUUGGGGGAAUACAAGUCCUUCAUUGAUCAGGAAAUGCUUACAAUUCUUGGUCAAAUGGAUGCUGCAACUGAAGUCUUCGAACAUGUUUAUUUGGGUUCUGAAUGGAAUGCCUCCAAUCUAGAAGAGCUUCAAAAGAAUGGUGUAAGGCACAUUCUUAAUGUGACCAGAGAAAUAGAUAACUUCUUCCCUGGAAUGUUCAAUUAUCAGAACAUCCGGGUUUAUGAUGAUGAGAAGACAGAUUUGCUGAAACACUGGGAUAAUACUUUCAAAUACAUUACAAAUGCUCAGAAAGAAGGUUCAAAAGUACUUGUACACUGCAAGAUGGGUGUCAGUAGAUCUGCUUCAGUUGUUAUUGCUUAUGCCAUGAAGGCUUAUAAUUGGGAUUACAAACGGGCUUUUGAUUACGUUAAGCAAAAGCGAACCUGUAUAAAACCAAAUACAAGUUUUGUAUCUCAAUUAGAAACUUAUCAGGGUAUUUUAGAUGCCAUGAAGAACAGGGAAAAACUUCAGAGAUCUAAAUCUGAAACAAAUUUGAAAUCUCCCGGACUAUCUGCCAAAUCUGAACAGACAGGAAGCAGUCGAAGUGUAGGUGAAACAGGCACUAUGUCGGGCCCAUCUGAGUCUCAUACAGAACCAGAUGGUGCAAGUUUAUUAGCUGAACCAUCAUGGAACCUACGAGUAUCUGGUCUUGAACUUGGGAAGCAAGGAAAUCGACCAAAGUCCUGGUCUCCAGACAAUAAUUCAGCAAACGCUCUCCUAUCUGGGAAUGCUGUACCAGGUCCUGCUUCUGUGUCCUUGGAACAACUUCAUUUGGAGGUUUCUUCAUCUGUUAAAGAACAGUCUUCACCUGUUGCUCCAGAAAAUAUUGUAGUAAAAGUAGCAGAAACUACUCCAGCUGAGCCUGCUACCCCUUCUGUUGCAAACCCACAACCGGCUCAUGCAGGGGACAAGGCACCUUCAGAACCAGAAGCUCGCAAUUACCGAAUGCCAUGCAAGAAUGGUCAAGCAUACAGUGUGUCCCAAAAUAAAGUGGUUCACCUUCCAGCAUCUCCUGGAGCUGUUGUUCCUUCUGUAAAACAUAGAGUGAAUGAACUGGAAUUACAAAGUGGUCAGGUUUCGACUACUACUGGUAAGAAGACUGUAGUAGAUAGAAAAGGAAUGGUUCUUAAUCUAACCACUCAAUUUGAAUCAAAUGGCUCAAAGCCAAGUUCCCCUACAGAACAAGAAGAGGGGGAUGAGAAUGAAUGUGUACAUAAUACUACAGGAAAGGAUAAUGAGGAAGAAGAAGAACCUGUGAUGUCACAGACAAAACUUGCUCCUCAGAUGUUGACAGCAGUCCUAGUCAAAAAGGAAAUUUGGGAUCCAGGAGAGAAAGAAUCUCCAACAACAUGUGCUGUUGAACAAGUGAGACCUCUCACUUCAGUAUCCUCCUUUGUGCCUAGCACUGAAAACCUAGUCUGGACUUCAUCCACUGAACUAGUGGAGAAGAGAGUGCCUGAACUUUCAGAAGUCAAAUAUGAUACUCCUAUAUAUAUUUCUGAAGUUAAACUUUUGGAUGGUAGUGAAGAAAGAGAAAUUUCACAGACAUCUGUGUCUAACAAAUUAGAAACUAAUGAAAGAGUUGGAACAAGAAAGGAAGGUGAUCCUUUUUCUGCACAAGUGGAUAGAGUAUUUGAUAGGGAAGAACGUAAACAACAGAGAGCUUCUGUUGCUGCAAUACCAAUUACAACAGGAGCUUUGCCUUUGGCUCCUUCUUAUGUAACUGAAAUUACAUCAGAAAUAGCUCGAGAAUGUCCUUCACGGCAAAGUUCUUGGAGCUCGUAUGACAGUGCUGUUGUGCUUGGUUAUCAGGGUGAACCUCGAAAUGCUCCCUCUAGGCAGAGUUCAUGGGGCUCUGGAGACACAAGAUGGACAUAUGGGGGAACCCUUCCAUCGAGAAACAGUUCUUGGGGCUCAUAUGACAUGAGACCUCCUACAAUGCAAUUUGUAACUGAGCAAGGUGAAAAAGAGCAAGCAAUGGAAGAUUUGUUUGGCAGUAGCAGUAGUGGCAUGUUUGCAUAUGAUCGUCAAGACAUUCCCUGGUAUCAGGGGACAGUUAAGAGAACAAAGCAGAAGUUGGAAGAAGGCACAAACACUGUAAAGCGUGUGUGUUCUGAUAGCCAACCUCGUUGUAGUUCAGCUUCCCCUCCCUCUUCAGGACCCAGUGUAUCUCAAUCACCUAGUCGGUCAACAGAUGCACCCACUAGCAUGAACAUGAAGAUCCAUGCUCCCAGGCCAUAUCAAAAUCCUUCUUCAGACAGGUUGUUGUCAAGUGCGGGCUUCCCAUUUCCCUCAUCUGAUCAGCAUCGUGACCUCUGUGCAGUGGACAAAACUCCAGUUACUCUCAUCCUACCUUUUGAUGGACAAAACAGUGCCCUAAUUCACUAUGCUAGUUCCCCAACUCUCUGUUCACAUAAUGAAGCAUUGAAUACUUCUUCAGACAAAAUGACUACAUCACAACCUAAUAUUACUAUUUUAGAUUCUUCAAAAAUCUGUGGACAAGAAGCAUCUCAAUCAAGUGCCAUAUGCAGAAAUCCAGGUUACAGUGAGAAUGACUUUUCCUGCCCACUAAGUAUGUCAUCCAACUCCCUUGUUGAUAGUGUGUGUCCUCUUUCUAGUAGUGCCCCAACAACAUCAACACCUAACCUUAUGAACAGUAUUGUGUCAACAUCUUCAAACUCAGUACCAGUUGUGUCAACCGUGUGUGCGAGUCCUUUGUGUGUCCUGUCAGUUUCUGUAGAUCCCCUAAGUUCAACUACUAGUCCCAUUUCUGUACUCAAAUCACAGUGUUCUUCAGUGAAACAACAGAAGAAAGUCUUAGAAAAUUUAACUAACAUAUCAAAUAAAAGCAUGUCAAAUGAUGAUGCUGUUAAUUUAACCAAAGACUCUGCAUUGCCAUCUCGGGUGGCAGAUAAAGAUGCACAAAAAAGUGUGUCUGGACUUGUGCAAAAUUUAAAAAAGGAAUUUGAAGCUAAGUCUGUGUCAAAGACUGAGAAACCUUUAGUGUCUGGGGACAAUUGUGUCAAUGAAAUAGAAUCCAGUGGUGAAUCAAAAUCAAAAAGAUCCGAUAACAUUAAGGUGAGAAGUUUACCAUCAUCUCCUGUGAGUGUACAUCCAGAGUGUAAAUCUCCUGAUAGUCUGAGUCCAGCAAGCACAACUGAAGAUCUAUCAGUUAGAAAACUAGUAGAAAAAUAUCAAGAGGGCAAAAAUAAAAUUCCAUCACCAACAUCUGGAAACAGAAUGAGGUUUAUCUCUGAAAAUGAAAACAUUCCUCGCAAGUUGGAAAAUGCUUUAAACCAACCAUGCGUUCCCCCCCGAAAAUCAAGUUUAGAUAUUGGCACUAUUCAUAAUCAGAACAAUUCCCAUUUCAACAAAGGUCCUUUGUACAUACAUAAUAUAAAAAAUGGCACGAGUGGAGGCUGUGAAAGGAAGGAAAGUGGUGAUGACUUCCAUCGACCUCCAGCCCCUGCACCUGUUGCCUCUACUACUCCUUCAGCAGUGGUUGCAAGUGUCAUGGCAAUGGCUGCAAGCAAGAAACAGCAACAUGGCAGCACCCAUCCUCUGUCACGAUUGGCAAUUAAUAAGCCUCGGCACAAUAACCCUGUCUAUAAUACUAUGUGACAAUGUUGGCAGGCCUGGCUGUGAAAACCGUUUUGAGUGAAUGAAUGGUUCAUUAACGCUAGUAAUUUAUAUUUUUUUAGAGAGGUUAUUAUCACAGAUUCUGAGGGGCAGUUUCUUUAGAAUUUGUGACUUGUGUGAAUGGUUUUAUUACUUGUCUUUCCUGAGCAAAUUAAAUGUUUGUUGAAAAAUAAAAAAUUAGUUUUCUAAAUGACAAAUCAUGUAUUGUGGCAGAAAUACUGAAUAUACAGCAAGUUGUUCAGUCUUGCUUUCAUUCUUUUUAUGAUAUAUUUAUUGAGUGUUAUCAGAAAUAUUAACAAUGAGAAAGCGUAAGUUGGAAAAUAUAUUUGUACUUUAAACAUUUUAGCAACUUCUCAGUUGGGAUCUCUGGAAUUCACUAAUUGACGCUAAAUUCCCAAUUCCAAAAAUUUUGACAAUUCUUUAUUCUCUUUUUCUUUUGCACUCUUUAUCAUUUUCCUCAAGACAAUACGCGAGUAUAUGUUACUUAUGAUAUAUAUUGCAAAAAUGUUCCAUGUUGAGUUUCAUAAAAUUCCAUGUUUUCUGUUAUUUAAGUGUUCACCAUGUUAGUACAAUGCUGUGCUAAUUGACAUUUUGCUGUAUAUUGGUAUUUUAUUCUGAAUUUAUACAUUUCUAACUAUGUUGGAUGGACCAAAACACAUCACAUUUUCCAAUUAGCUUAAUUAUGGCACAGCUUUUAAAAUGUUAAUAAUUAUUAUGGAAAAAGACUGCGUUUUAAUUUUAUUUUUAUUCUCUUCCUAUUGUGCCUGCAGUGUUAAAUUUCUUGUCACUGUGUAAAACUAUUAUAGUUGUUUGCUGAUGAACAGAAGGUAUUAAAACUGUAAAGGAAAUCAAUGUCAAGAAAUCUAGUCUUAAAAAGCUUGCGAGUGACAAAGCAGCUAAAAAUCUGAAACUCUAAUGUGACAAUAGUGAAGUGUGUGUAUGUGUUACUACAGCAGAAAUACAAGUGAUGUGUUGAGUGUCAAUCUUUUCAAGAAGUAUUGGGCAAGUACAAUAGAAGAUGAAGCACAGAAGUUGAAACUAGUGCCCAAGUCUUAAAAGUUUUCUUUGUUCUUGCUUUUGUGUAAAUGUUUUGUGAUCUGUGUGUAAAAUUUUGUACCAUAGUUUAUAUGAAACAAGUAUAUAUAUUGUUUAUUGCUUGAGUUGAAUUUUUUACGUGUUGUUUAUCAAACUUCUUAUCCAUCUUAUAUUAAAGUAGGAAUGCUGAUAGGAUAUUUUUAGUUCCACAAGAAAGUUAAAUGAGACAAUAUUUUAUUAUUGAUUAAGUUGCAAACACCGAAAUUGAAAAAAUCAUAAUAUUUAUAUAUAAUCAUAAACUUCAAAAAAUAAUAAACAUAAUAUUGAAAUGGAUAUACAAUAAUAUCAGUAUUAAAUACUGAAAUCAAAUUCAUACACUUUCUUCCCAGAGCAGAAACUAAUUUUUGGCAUGACAACUAAAUCUGGAGUUUUGGGUUGUGUUUUGCGUUUCACUAUUCCACCAACAUCAAGUGAAUAUACUCCCACUGGAAGAUUACGAAUUCUGCAUACAGCCUGUUCAUGAAAGAAAUCAUUCAAUUAAAUUAAAAAAACUGCCUUUGAAAACUAUUCUUAUAUUUGGCAUGCAUAAAUGCUAAAUUAUUUUAACAUCAAAUACUUGCAGUUAAAUUUGACUUGUCCACUAUUCGAAUUAAAUUUUGAUCCGUACCACCCAUUACCAUAACAUCUUUCGGAAGAAACUGUCCACAGUAGAGCUGAAUACAGAAAUUAUGAAAACAAAUGGAUAAUUUGCAGUGCACAUGUGUUCAGAACUCCUAAAAAAUAAGUUUGAUAAAACAACUGGCAGUCCACCAUUCUUUUCUGAGCAAGUGAUAACUUUA